UCCAGGUCUUCUGGAGCAUUAAAGAACAUACAGUGCAGGAGGUGGCCCAAUAUCUAUCUCACAUCCCUCACCUGGACUGGGGACAGCCUGUGUGUAUAAGAGCCCUACCCAGUAUCCUCCUGCCCUCAGUGAGUUGUGUCAAUCUAGUUUUCCUACAUUUGGCAAAAGCUAUUUAUAUGAAUCAAUAUAAAAUAGCAAGUUAAGGUAUGAAUAAUAAAUGAUAACACUGCAGUUGCAAUCACUGGGUAGCAUUGCGGGAAAGCAGGUGCAGCUUCAGACAACUUUCCAGGGACAUCUUUACAGCCUUCAGGUGCCAGCAACACUGGGCAAAGAGUAAGUAAAGCUGGUAAUGAUCCAAUCCACAAUUCUUGGAUGGUAUAUUUGAAAUACUUUGUAUAAGUAGUUGAUGAUGGUUAUGUUGGGGUUGCAUGUUACAGGUUGCCCCCAGAGUACCAUGUGACCAGCUUGAGAAAGGAGGAUGCCUUGCUGGCCUGGACAAACUGGGAGUUCAACAAGUUUGAUUUGAUGGACAACAUAUGCAAUGACAUCACUCACUUCCCAUCUUUUGGUAUUCGUCAGUGUUGUUCUAAAGAUGAUGGCAGUUUACUUCAGGAAGAGGCACAAGGGAGAUUGGUGUCUUGGGUUCACCUUUGCAAAAUUGGGUCAAUGGGCAAUACCUUCACAAUGCCACAGCAUCGGCACAGAGGCCUGGCAAGCACAGCCACCCUGGCCUUGGCCUGCAAGCUGCUACAGGAAGGUCUUCUGCCCUAUGUUUACAUUGGAAAUUAUAACACUGCUUCCAUCAGCCUCCAUGAGGGCUUGGGGUUCAAGCAGCAGUGUGAGGUACACACAAUUAACCUGGUGCUUGCUGAAGUCACAGACCAAGACUAUCGAGGAUAAGACCAAACUUUGCUUUCAUGUGUUUGACAUAAGCCACAGAGUAACAUGUCUCUUUACUUGCUGUCAUUCUCAUCAUGCAAAACAAGAAUAAA